CAUAUUGAAAAAUAUUCAAAAAUAAAAACGUUUCCUCAAUAUUCAAAUGACUUUUCUGUUUUGUUUCUUAAUUCAUAUCGAAAAAUAUUCAAAAAUAAAAACGUUUCCUCAAUAUUCAAAUGACUUUUCUGUUAAACAAAACUAGGGUCGCUACUCCCUCGCCAUCAAACGUGGAUGGAACAGUUUCUAUCUUCUCUCUCCAUCUUGACGUCUUUUACAGCCACCUUCUCUCCUGCCUUGACGUCCUCUUAUCUCUAUGUCCUCUGAAUUAAACACUCUCCUUUUAUUACAAACUCUGGCAACAAAUUUGCACAUCGUCAGGAAGUAAACUUGUUUUGCUAACUUGAUUAGUUUACUUAAUUAAGCAAACUAUGGAGUGGAAGAAGAUAAAUUUUGACACUUGCAUUUGAGUUGUUAAUAUUAGGAAAUGACCAACUGGUACCUAUUAGAAUAUUUGUUGGAUGAGGAGACGAUUUUUCUCUCUUUAUCCAUUUAUGCUCCUAUAUAAAGGGACCAAGCUAUAGCAUUUGAUAACCUAAAUUUCAAAGAGAGAAAUGGGAGGUAAGUUGGAAAAAAAAAAAAUCUUAGAGAAAAAAUAUUAGAGGGGUUUAGUUUUAGUGUUUGCAUGAAAAAAUUAAAUCCAUUUGCUCAAGCAAUUUUAUUUUAAUUGGUAACAUGUAGUAUUAGAGCGUGAUGAUCUGAGAUCCAGAAAAUAGGGUUUUAAAAGAGUUCUACGGACUUAGAAAAAGCUUAGUCUGAAAGGAAAGUGACCCUCCCCUUUUAUUCUUUUCCUUCCUCUGUCAAUGACGUGUACCGGCCUUAUUUCCAUUGGGCCACCUGUCUCUGCCAUACAGAUUUGGACGUACGAGAAUAUCAGAUUCCUGCUACAUGCGUAACGGCCACUUAAUUUUCCCCUGGCACGCAUGUGAGUAGACCUACCAGUCGGAUGGGCUGGCCACUUUCCUUCUUCUGGGCCGGGCUGGAAGAUGGGGUUAAGGUUGAGCCUAGAAGAGGCCUGAUCAUUGGGCCGAAAAGGCUGGGCCCACUGGAUUGAGGAAUCUAGGUGGAGCCCGGUCCUACAACUGAGCGGGCUGGACUUGGCUCUUGCAAGAGACUUAGAAGUCUUCAGAUUAUGGGCUGUCUUCAUGGGCCUGGCCUUAGACCGGGGUGAAGAAAUCCAGUGGUCAUCAAUUGCCCCUUUACCUUCUCAUCAGUUAUUGCCCGACUAAUGAGGGGGUAAAUACCGAGAAUCAUUAUGACCGUGCCGCCUAAGUACAUCUUGUCUCAGAAUAUCUGUUCACCUUACUGUCAUUUCAAAUUUUGAAUUCUCUCCGUCUUCAUCAAGCUCUUGCUUUCCUUUGCUCCCUGUGCGAGUUGCUUAUUUUGUCCUUUGCUCUCUUCGCUUUCCUCCGCUCGUUUGCCCUAACUGUCUUCCAGGUACGUCUUUUCUCCCACCAUGGAUAGCUCUAGUCUCCCCGAUGUCGUCGACCUGAAGUCUAUCGUUAUCCCGUCCAACAUUAGAAACUUCAUUUCUAGGGAAUACCUGGAUACCCCCUUUUUUCAUAUCUGGGCCUCUCUCUAGAAUGAGAGGAUCGUUCUUCCUGAUCCUUCUCCCCCCGGUCUGAUAGAUCCUCAGAAGGAUAUGAAUCUAGUAUUCUUUGUAAAACAAAGGGAAUAUGGUUUAUCCUUCCCUUUCUCUCCUUUCUUCAUUGAGGUCUUCCGAUAUUUCGAGAUUACCCCUCGAAUGUUGACCCCUAACUCUAUUCUUUUCAUGUCUUCCUUUGAGUCUAUGUGUCUGAGCUGGGAGUUUACACCCACGGUGCUUCUGUUCGUUGCCUUCUUCAAGUUAGUUAAGGCGAGCCAGAAAUUUUACUACUUUGCCCCUCGUGGAGGGUUGUCAAUUUUUUCGGGCUAUAAGGACUCCAUCAAGGGCUGGAUGGAGGGUUUCGUGAUGGCGGAAUUGAAGAAAGAGACGGGGUUGGGUUGGGAUGUCGAUCUCACCUGGGAGGAUAUUUUCUUAGGCUGUAACGAUCUGCCUCAGCUGAGUCUCACUGAGCAGGUCGGGUUCCUUCGACUGACUUCCGUUGACAGGAAGUAUGACGUCGAAAAGUGUAUGUUCGCGUCUAAUCUUCGGGAUGUCAAGGAUGUGGGUACCACAUGUCAUUUACCUGUCUUGUCUUGUUUAUAUGAUUUUUUGUUGAGAGCUACUCUAACUGGCUCUGAUUUUUGAUUUUGCAGCUUCCGAGGUGAAAAUGGACCAGAUCAAGCCUCCUAAGAACCUCACCUUGUCCCGGGAGAGCAUGAAUGCUGCUCUGGAUGCCCUCCUGGCUAGGCGAUCUAUGGGGGAGGCUACUCAAAGGGUGGCCGAAGCCAUUUCUUCCAGGUCGGCUUCUCGACCUCCUCCUCCUCCGGUUUCCUCUUAGGCUCCUAGACCGAGCUCCCGACAUAGCAAGUCGUCCCGACCAUCCAGCCGCAGUAGGUCGAGCUCGGCUCCUCAAUCCGCUCAGGCCCCCAGGUCCUCACGGGCUCCUACCGAAGGGGUGAAAAAGGUUCCGAGAGUGGCUUCUAGGUCAGCUGAAAGCACCGAGCUGGCGAAGACGGAUCCUGUCCUUCCUUUUGUUGAGGUUCCUGAGGUGAGGUUUGAGACCUCUGCUGUUGAAGAGAGGGCUCCGGAGAAAAGGAUGGAGGUCAUUCCAGCGGGCGAAGGUGCCUAGGAGGCCUCUCUCGGGGUUGCCCCUACUCCUAAGGGAUGGAGCUCAGUCUUGUUGAUGGUGGGAGUGUCAGGGAGAAGGUUGGGGACAAGCGUCCUACCCCCACCGAAGCGCCUACCCCGACUCCUGUCCCAAAGAGAUCCCGGGCUUCUAGGAGACCGGCUCCAGCUCUCCCUUCUCUCGAAAAGAAGAAAGAUGCUCCUAUGGUGCCCCUAUUGUCUGCUCUUGACAACGACAUUCUGAACGCGGAGGAUAUUACUCACCAAAUUCCAGCGGCCGUUGUAGCGGAGAUCUUGUGGGAGCGGAUGUUUGGGGGGAUCACGGAGGCUUCAGACCCACGCUUGCUUGCCCUCACUGGCCUUCUAGCCAGUUCCACUAGGGAGCAGGCAGCGUUCCGGUUUCGACCUCGAGGGGAGCUCGGAGAUAGAAUCAGGGAGAUGCUCCUGAUGGUGAUGGGCCUCUUUAUGGAGGUGGAUGCUCGCGACCACUCUCUCCGGGAAUCUGUAGAUCACCGGAUUUAGGAGGCACGCCUGGAGGAGAACCUGUCUGUAACCAGCGACGCCAGGGGUAAUCUCGUGGCUGCUCGAGAGUAUUCCAAGUCCCUCUAGAUAGAGCUACACACUGCGUUGGAGGCCCUCAAAAGGGCUGAUGGGAGGACAGCUGAGGCGAAGGAGCAACGUGACAAAGUUUUAAAGCAGCUGUCCUCCUUGGAGAAUAUUCAGCGAGAGAGGGAUGAGACCUUGAGUCAGAAGGAGGAGGUCCAGCGCCAGCACGAGUCACUGAAGAUAAAUUUUAAUGUCUUGCUGGCUCAAAGAGAAGAGGCCCUGGCUCGGGUUAUGGUCCUCGAGCAAGAGCUGACCAAGCGGGCCGAUAAUGAGAAGGACUUGGCUCUAGCAGUAGAGACAUCCAAACUUCAAAAUCAGCAUCUCUGCCAGGAGGUCGAGGUUCUUAAGAAAAGGUGUGCGGCCUUGCUCGAGGACGCCAAGCAUGCUGAAGAUAGGAAUCAGCUAGAGUGCGAGGAACGCCUGAGGGAGUAUAAGGAGUCGGCUGAGCUGAAAGGGGAAAUCCAGCAGGCCUGUGAAGCUCAUCUUCAGAGCUAUAAGGACUCUUCGGAGCUUAAAACCAAGAUAGCUGAGGCCUGUGAAGAGCGACUUGUGGAGUUUAAAGCUUCUGGCGAGAUGAAGACCGCCAUAUGGAAUAAAAGCUUCCGCAUGUUCGUUUCUGGAUACAACCGAGGCUUGAGGGAUGCCAGAUACAACCCUUCCACCCCGUUGGCCAUGCUCCGAGCUGCUGAGGAAGACUCCGAUGGCGAGAACGUGCUUUACGGGGAGGACGACAGACCUUUGCCCAAAGGAGCUUCUCGUACUGCAGCUGGGCCUUCUGAGGCAGUUGCCGAGCCAGGAAAUGAAGAUGUUGGGCCUCAGGGGCAGGAGAUUAUCCCCUUUGUAGAUAAUAAUGUAGAAAAUAGUGUUGUAGAUAAUGUAAAUGUAGAUAAAGAUAGUGACGAUGUAUCUAGGCGUGUAAGUCCCUUAAGGACUGUUUUUCCUUCAGUAGAGUAG